AUGAAAAGUAUGGGGAAAAGAUGGAAAGUAGGGGAAAAAGAUGGAAAGUACGGGGAAAAGAUGGAAAGUAUGGGGAAAAGAUGGAAAGUAGGGGGAAAAGAUGGAAAGUACGGGAAAAAGAUGGAAAGUAUGGGGAAAAGAUGGAAAGUACGUGGAAAAGAUGGAAAGUAUGGGGAAAAGAUGGAAAGUACGUGGAAAAGAUGGAAAGUAUGGGGAAAAGAUGGAAAGUAUGGGGAAAAGAUGGAAAGUAGGGGGAAAAGAUGGAAAGUAUGGCGUAAAGAUGGAAAGUACGGGGAAAAGAUGGAAAGUACGGGGAAAAGAUGGAAAGUUUGGGGAAAAGAUGGAAAGUAUGGCGUAAAGAUGGAAAGUACGGGGAAAAGAUGGAAAGUAUGGGGAAAAGAUGGAAAGUAG